AUGGCAGCCUCACAAACCACCAUCGAGCUCAUUUCGAAGCUCACGGUUGAGGAAAAAGUCAGUCUUCUAGCAGCCGUUGACUGGUGGCGCACACCAACUACCAAGCGAGAUGAUGUAUUCAUUCCUCAUAUCAAAACGUCCGAUGGUCCUAACGGUGCUCGUGGCGAGAGCUACGUAAGCGGUAUCACAGCAGCUUGCUUUCCUUGCUCAACCGCCAUUGGCGCAACAUUCGAUUCAGAACAAGCAUAUCGUCUUGGCAAAGAGAUCGCAAAAGAGACCAAAACAAAAUCCGCGAAUGUUCUUCUCGCACCGACCAUGAACAUCAUCAGAUCUCCACUUGGUGGGAGAAACUACGAGACUUACUCUGAGGACCCGUACCUCAUUGGAACUUUGGCAUCGGCGUUUGUCCGCGGCUGUCAGAGCGAAGGCAUUGCAGCUACGCCGAAGCAUUUCGUCGCCAACGAUUCUGAGAAGUCAAGGACGAAGAUGACGUCGAACAUUGAUCGUCAGACCUUGCGCGAGAUUUACAUGCUUCCCUUCCAGCUGGUGAUGCGUGACUCAGAUCCCUGGUGUUUCAUGACUUCAUACAACCGCCUCAACGGGGAGUACUGUGCAGAAGAUCACUGGUUACUCGAAGAGGUCCUCCGCGAAGAAUGGGGAUUCUCAGGUCUUAUGGUUUCAGAUUGGAUGGGGACAUACUCAACUGCUCAAGCACUCAACUCUGGUCUGGAUCUUGAAAUGCCAGGCCCGACGAGAUGGCGUGGCCAGAAGCUUCUGAAGGAGAUUGAAGCUGGCAACGUUACCACUAAGACUCUUGAUAAGAGUGUUGGUAGGGUUAUUGAGCUUGCGAGAAAGACUGGUCGUUUUGAGGAUCCUGUCGAGAAGCCGGAGCGUUCAGUGGAAGAUCCAGAGCGUCUUGAGUUCAUCACCUCCAUCGCAGCAGACGGAAUGGUUCUACUCAAGAACGACAACAACAUCUUACCGCUACCCUCAAAUGCUUCAGUUGCUGUUAUAGGUCACCAUGCUCUUCACCCAAGCAUCGGCGGCGGAGGCAGCGCAAAGGUCUUGGCUCAGCACAUCAUCUCACCUCUCGAAGGCCUCAAAGCGCAAGGUGUCAACUGCCGUCAUGCACCGGGCGUUCCGGUCUUUGGGGCGCUACCCCACGCAGAACCAGAAACUAUCUCGCCUGUACAGCUCCGCUGGUUUAACAGCUUAGUAGUCGGUGAGAACCUUGCCCAUGAACAGACGAUCACGCUCCCUGAGUACAUGAUCAAGGAGGCCUGGCCUACGUAUCUCGAGAAGGAGUACUGCACUAAUAUGUCUUUUACUCUACGCCCAACAACAAGCGGGAGUCAUGUAUUCUCUGUCAUCACUACCGGAAAGGCAGAUGUGUUGGUUAAUGGAGAUAAUGUUUUCCAUCGUCCACAGGAGCCAGUCCUUCUUCCAGAGUCCUUCUACUUUUACAAAGCCAAGAUUGAGCGACGCUUUACUCUUGAUAUGACUGCUGGUCAGGAAUACAAGAUCGAGUUGCACUCUUGGGCGACUGAUCCCGAGGUUCUCUCCAAGAUUGGCGGGACAAUGUUUCAGGGCACUAGUCUUCGCUUCAUGGAGCACGUCGAUAUCCCUGGUGCUAUUCAACACGCUGCAGAGAUCGCUGCAUCUUCUGAUGUUGCGGUAGUCUUUGUUGGCACGACGAAUGAACUUGAGUCUGAAGGCUAUGAUCGCGAUACAAUGGACUUGACAUCUGAUCAGUACGACCUGAUCAACGCAGUGGUGGUUGGCAAUCCUCGUACAGUGGUCGUCAAUCUCUCAGGAUCUCCUGUCACGGUAUCUCCCUUCAUCGAUCAAGUUCCGUGCUUUCUCCAAGCUUGGUUCGCAGGUCAAGAAUGCGGCCACGCCAUCGCUCGCGUUCUCCUCGGACACGUCAAUCCAUCGGGCCGAUUGCCAAUGUCAUGGCCGAAGAGAAAUGAGGAUAACCCAGCUUAUGGAAAUUUCCCCUGCGAUGAUAAUCUCGAGCUCAACUAUGAGGAGCGCCUCAAGGUCGGGUACCGCUUCUAUGAUGACGAGACUGCGCCGAAGCCUCAGUUUCACUUUGGAGAAGGGCUUUCUUACACGACGUUUGAGUUAACUGGACGAAAAAGUACGAGCUCGCGCUUUGAUAGUACUGAGACAGCCGAGACUUCACUCGUGACGGAGGUCAAGAACACGGGGGUGAGGGACGGUAAGCAAGUGGUCCAAUUGUAUGUGACUCCCCCGCCAUGCGACGGGAAUCCACGACCAGUCAAGGAUCUCCGAUCGUACUGCAAAGUGUUCGUCUCGGCUGGGCAAACAGAAGAGGUUUCGUUCAAGCUGGACAAGUACGCGUUUAGCUACUUUGAUGCCACCGUAGACAAGUGGAAGAUGCCCCAGGGUCAAUUCCUUCUUCACAUCUGCUUCAGUUCGGCAAGGACACUGCAGACCGUCAGCGUUACAAACCCGGAGACGCAAUACUGGACAGGAUUAUGA